AUGCAGCAGCAAACCCCUCCCGAGUUUAUCCUAGACGCCUUCGCCGACCCGGCCUCCGUACGGGAUGUCGUCAAAGGUAAACCGUUCCCCCCUUAUGUCACUCCUCCCUUCCCGCAGCCCGCAGCGGCAGCCCCGCUAGACGUCAUAUCCCUCACGAACGAACAAACCCCCGAACCUCAACGCCACGAUGCCCGCAUCCAACCUCCCCACGCGCACACGCGGGCGCAAAAAUUAGUGACACAUGCCUAUCCUAAACAGCCAGAAACUAAAACCAAGCUCGCAGGAAUCCUCCACACAAUCUUCUUCCACCGCUUCUUCCCCGCCGUUGUCCCCUAUACGCGCGAAGUGCUCGACCUGACCCUUCCCUACGUCGACGAUGUCGAGCUCGAGACCAUGAUCGAGCAACGCGCCACCGCACUCGUCCGACAGCUCGAUGCUGAGCGCUCCUCAUCGUCAACCUCGACGGGCUCGGGCGGCGGCGGGGGAGGGCGCGGCCAGCUCAACGUCCAGUUCUUUGAGAAGAAGCGCCGCAAGGCCUGGCUUAUGCGCGGCGACGAGGAGGUCUGCUGGGAGUGCUGGACCGUCAAGGUCACCGUCGCCGAGCCCAGGACGGAGACUGAGCGCGCAAAGGUCCGCAAGGCCAUGGAACAGACCCUCAUGACGACCGUUAUGAAGGUCAUCACCUUCGUCAAUGCCCACAAGGACCACAUCCCUCCGAUAACCACGCAGGGAUCGAACCCUUUCCCCUACCAGAUUAACAUCAAUCAAAAGGAAUCCGGAUGGGCCACGAGGAUGGGCAUAUACUGA